CUAUACUUGAAAGAAUAAAGAAAGGGAAGCCUUACUCAAAAUGUAUAAGGAACAAGAGGCUGGAAAUACAGUAACAUUGUCAAAUGAAACUAAUAUAAAUGAAGACAAGGUAAACUCCAGCAAAGUUAAUGAGGAACUCAAAGAUAGUGCAGUUUCCAAUAAAAUAAAGAUAUUGAGAAAAUCAGAGGAUAUGAUGCAUUCCAUGAUAGUACCAGUAUGGAUACAUCAUGAAAGUAACAUACGUAAAAAGGUAUUGGUUUAUGCAUUAUUGGAUGAACAGUCAGAUGCAUGUUUUAUUAAAGAAUCCACCAUGAAUGAGCUAAACAUUCUAGGCUCCAAGGUACACCUAAAGUUAACAACAGUGACAGGCGAAGAAACAAUUGAAAGUACAAAGACUAGAGGACUAAUAGUAUGUGGUAAAAAUGAAAAGAUAGAGAUUGCACUUCCAGUCACUUAUUCAAGGAAGAAUAUACCAGCCAGACAUGAUCAAAUUCCAAGGCCAGAAAGUGUAGAAGGGUGGCCUCAUUUACAGAGAGUAGCAAACGAAUUGAUGCCAUACGAUAGAAGUGUUGAAGUUGGGCUCCUGAUUGGCUUAAAUUGUAUCCGUGCCAUCAAACCAAGAGAGUUAAUUCCUGGGAAAGAUGACGAGCCUUAUGCAAGGAGAACUUUGCUUGGUUGGAGUAUAAUAGGGAGAGUCAAUGGUGAUUGUCAAGACACAAGUGACUCAGAUUCAGUUCUAGCUAGCAAAGUAAUAGUCAAUAAGGUUAUCAUUAAUGGUGACACAAAAUGUAGCUUUCUUUCCUCACCAACUAAAGUAAAGGAAAUAAUUGAUUUUGCACAAGUUCGAAAAUUGUUUGAGCUUGAUUUCAGUGAAAGGGAGACAGGAAAUGUUCCUUUUUCGUAUCAAGACAAGAUUUUCUUAAGAAAAAUGAAAGAUGGAAUUCAUCAACUAAAAGAUGGGCAUUAUGAAUUGCCACUCCCUCUUAAAGAUGAUAAGGUCAAGUUUCCAAAUAGUAAAGAAUUAGCAAUGUGUAGGUUGAUGAGUCUAAAGAGGAAGCUAAAGCAAAAGAAUGGUUUUCUACAGGACUAUGUUGCCUUUAUGAAAGAUCUCAUAGACAAAGGCUAUGCAGAAGAGGCACCAUACCAGGGUCCAAAUUUCAAUGAUGGAAGAGUAUGGUAUAUACCACAUCAUGGUGUGUAUCAUCCAAAGAAACCUGACAAAAUUAGGGUAGUAUUCGAUUGCAGUGCUGUGUAUAAGAAUGAAUCACUUAAUAAGAAUCUUUUACAAGGUCCGGAUCUGACAAAUAACUUGAUUGGCGUAUUGUGCAGAUUCAGAAAGGAGCAUGUAGCAAUUGCAUGUGAUAUAGAAGCAAUGUUCCACCAAGUAAAGGUAAAGCCUGAUCACAGAGACCUACUACGCUUUCUGUGGUGGGAAAAUGGAAAUCCUGAUUCAACUGUCAAAGAAUAUAGAAUGACAGUUCACUUAUUUGGGGCUACAUCUUCUCCAAGUGUAGCAAGUUUUGCACUGAAAGCCACUGCUAAUGAUUAUGCAUGGCAAUGUGGUACAGAAGCUGCCUCCUUUGUUAAAAAUGAAUUUUAUGUAGAUGAUGGGUUAACAUCUUUACCUACAACUGCAGAAGCCAUAGCUUUAAUCAGGAAUAGUAAAGCAUUAUGUUCGAAGGGUGGCUUCAAAUUGCACAAGUUCUUGUCAAAUAAGAAAGAAGUUCUAGAAGCAAUAAGUUUAGAGGAAAAGGCUAAAAGUUUAAAGAACUUAGAUCUCUCUAGUGAAGCCUUACCAAUAGAGAGAACUUUAGGAGUAGAAUGGUGUAUAGAAUCAGAUACAUUCCAGUUCAGAAUUAGUAUUAAUGACAAACCAAUAACUAGAAGAGGUAUAUUGUCAACGGUGAGUUCUGUUUUCGAUCCAAUGGGUAUGGUCUCACCCUUUAUAUUGAUUGGUAAAAGAAUACUUCAAACCUUGUGUCAAGAUGGAGUAGACUGGGAUGAUGACAUAUCAGAUAAUUUGAAACAACAAUGGAGAAGAUGGAGAGAUGAUCUGAUUCAGUUGAAAGAGUUAAAGAUUCCUAGAUGCUACAAGCCUGAUGUGUUUAGAAAGGUCAAAUCAUUGGAACUGCAUCAUUUCUCUGAUGCUAGUCAGUAUGGUUAUGGACAGUGCUCUUAUUUAAGGCAAGUAAGUGAGCAGGGACAAAUUCAUUGUGCACUUGUCAUGUCAAAGUCUAGAGUGACACCAUUGAAGCCCAUAACUGUUCCUAGGUUAGAACUAACAGCUGCAGUCGUAGCUGUUCGAAUUAGCUCUAUGCUAAGGAAGGAGUUAGGUUAUCAGGAACUAAAAGAAUACUUUUGGACCGAUAGCAAAGUCAUACUUGGCUACAUUUCAAACGAAGCUAAGAGAUUCCAUGUGUUUGUUGCUAACCGAGUGCAGCAUAUUAAAGACCACUCCUCUAUGGAACAAUGGAAAUUUAUAGAAUCAGCUCAAAAUCCUGCCGAUGCCGCUUCACGUGGAUUGUAUGUAAAGGAGCUGAUUGAACAUUCUCUAUGGUGGAAUGGACCAAAUUUCCUCUGGGAACCUGACCAUGAUGCAAAUCUACCAUUUGUAAAUGUAGAUAUCCAAGAAAAUGAUCCAGAGGUUAAGAAAAUUUCGGCAUAUAAGACCCAAACCAAAGAGAGCACUUCUAUUCUUCCUAGACUUGAAUAUUUUUCUGAUUGGCACAGGGCAAAGAAGGCUGUUGCAUUAUGUUUACGCCUUCAACGUAGAUUCAAGAAUUCUAGAAGAACAGUCAAUGAAGAACUGACUGAAAACAAAGAAUCCAAGUACAUUCCACCUAGUGUAACAGAACUUGUGGAAGCUGAGAAUGAAAUCAUAAGACAAGUCCAAAAUGAAGCUUUCCAAAAGGUGAAACAAGAUUUACAAUGUGCUAACAACGACAAUGAAGAUGCCAGUAAAAGAAACAAACCCUUAAAGAAGGCAAGUUGCAUUUACUCACUUGAUCCCUUCAUAGAUAAAAAUAACAUCUUAAGGGUAGGUGGCAGAAUAAGACAAGCAGAUUUUGCUGCAAGCAAUAAACAUCCAGUAAUUCUGAAAUGAAUAUCCCUCACGCCAGUCAUAUGGGUGGAGUAUGGGAAAGACAGAUCCGUACUGUGAGGAAUAUACUAACAGCCCUAUUAUACCAUCAUGGCAGACAAUUAGAUGAUGAAUCACUCAGAACCUUUAUGGUUGAAGCAGAGACCAUAGUAAAUAGUCGACCCUUGGCAGUUGACAACAUCAGUUCUCCAUAUUCAUCAGAACCAUUGACACCAAAUCACUUGUUAACAAUGAAAUCAAAGGUUGUGCUACCGCCACCUGGAACAUUCCAAUCUUCUGACCAAUAUUCAAGGAAAAGAUGGCGAAGAGUUCAAUAUCUUGCCAAUGAAUUUUGGAAUAGGUGGAAAAAAGAAUAUGUUCAAUUGCUUCAGUGCAGGAAGAAGUGGCCUUCAGUUACCAAAAAUGUUAAAGUAAAUGAUAUUGUCAUUGUAAAGGAACAAAAUUUACCAAGGAACUCUUGGAAACUUGGUUGUGUAUCUGAGGUUAUACCAAGCAAAGAUGGUCUUGUAAGAAAGGCAAGGAUAACAAUGGCUGAUUCCUCACUUGACGCUUUUGGAAGACGAACGAAAGCAGUCGUUAACCUUGAAAGACCAAUCCACAAACUCAUAUUGUUAGUUGAAUCAUAGUGGAAGUGGGGUGUCCCCGCCAAAGAGCCUAUUCAAAUAUCAAAAUUGUAUUGUUCCUCAGUAGUAUAGAUGUUGAUUCCACAUUUUGCUCAUAUAAGUACAAUGUAAUUAGAGUUUAAGGUAAAUUGUUCAUACAAUUUAGGGGAGCCAUGUUACUGCAGGGACAAAAUGUAUACUUAGUUAUAAACAAUCAGUUCCUAUGCUUUGUGAUAUUACUAACAUUAGGUUAAGUAUGAAAUAGAUGAGUAUACCCUCAUAUCGUUUUCUAAGGUGUACGACAUCUAUAGGGCAUUUGCAUAACUAAUCAUCAUAAACAUUGGGAGCCAUUUUGUUACUCAGAGAAGCCAAGUGAGGUGUCUGAGGUAAUAUAUCUGCUUAUAUCUUUGUAAUCUUGUGAUAUAUUUUUAUAUUAGUAUAAGUAAAUGAUCUAUUGUUAUAUAAAGACCUAAUUGAAGGAGAAUGUAAUAUGAAUAUUGAGCUAUAUUGUGUGAAAUAAGAGUUUUAUGUCAAGCAUGUAUUAGUGGAAGAUUUGUUCAUUUCAGUUUAACGGAGAUAAUUGGGAAAUAAUUGGACUAGAAAUGGAUGGUAAUGAAUUGCAUGUAAAAAGAAGAAUUCAAGAUGUAUCGAAGAUGCAAUAAAGUACCACAAAAA